AUGGCGUUGGGGGGCAACGCGGUCGCCGGUCGCCGUCGCCACGUGCUGCUGUUCCCGCUGGCGUACCAGGGCCAUAUCAACCCGAUGUUCCGGCUGGCCGGCAUCCUCCACGGCCGCGGCUUCGCCGUCACCGUCUUCCACACCCACUUCAACGCCCCAGACCCAUCGCGCCACCCGGAGUACCGCUUCGUCCCCGUCCCCGACGGCAUGUCCGGCCCAGCACCCGUCGCUAUCGAGGACGUCGUCUCCCACAUCCUCGCGCUCAACACCGCGUGCGAGGCGCCCUUCCGUGACCGCCUGGCCGCCGUCAUGGAAGAGUACUCCAGGGACGACGUGGCGUGCAUCGUCGUCGACACUCACCUGCUGUCCAUGGUGAAGGUGGCCACGAAGCUCUCCGUGCGCACCCUCGUCCUCCGCACUGGCAGCGCCGCCUGCCUCUCGUGCUUCGUCGCCUACCCUCUCCUCAUCAAGAGAGGCUACCUCCCUGUGCAAGGCACAGUCGGAGCUGGAGACGGAGGCCUGGUCGCCGCGGACGGGCUGACGCGGCUUCCGGACGGGUUCGAGGAGGCGACGCGCGGGCGCGGGAUGGUGGUGGAGUGGGCGCCGCAGGAGGAGGUGCUCCGGCACGCGGCCGUGGCCGGGUUCUGGACGCACGGGGGCUGGAACUCGACGACGGAGAGCGUGUGCGAGGGGGUGCCGAUGCUUUGCCGCCCGCACUUCGGCGACCAGAUGGGGAACGCCAGGUACGUGGAGCACGUGUGGAGGGUGGGCUUCGAGGUCGCCGGCGCGCUCGAGAGGGGCGGCGUGGAGGCCGCCAUCCGUCGGCUCGUCACGGGGAGCGAAGGCGCCCAGAUGCGGGCCAGGGCCGGCGAGCUGAAGAAGGCGGCGAAGGAGUGCACCGGCGAGGCCGGCUCGUCGGGCCUCGCCAUCGGUAAGCUGGUAGACCACAUGCUGGCACUGUAG